AUAUUUAUAAAUUAAAUAUAAGUUUUAAAAAUUGGAUGGCAUCUUUUGUUUCCAUAAUAAUACUAAUAUAGUGUUGAACGAUUUAGUCAUAUAAAGAUGUCGAAAUAAAUGGAGAUUGAGAUAAAUUAUUGACCGUAUUAACAGUGAACUAAUAGUAAAAUAAUUUUGGUUUCCUCUAAUACAAUUAAAAUUAAUAAAUCAAUAAAACAAAAAAACUUAUGGCCUUGCAUUGCAACAGUCGAGCAACAGGGUGACGCUAAUUAACACUGAGAUUUCUAUGAUUAUCAAAAAAUAAAGCAUAAACGAUCAAAAAAAAAAUUAAAAAAUAAAUAGAGCUAUCUAAAUGGCAUUAAUAUUGCAAGAAAAUUGUACAAACGACGAAAAAAUUGUUGUACAAUGUGUGCUUGAAAAAUAAGUAAUUUAAUUAAAUUUUAAUCAUCCAAGUGAACUAAGAUUCUAAAAAUUAACAGAAAUGUUUAAAAUAUAGACAGAUUAAAGAAAAAAUUCUUUUUAAAUACAAUUUAUCCAAUAAUUAAUACACAUAAAAUAUAAAACAAAAAGUUAACGAAUGGUUGACACCGAACGGAUUUUAACAGUAGGCUCCCACAAAUUCCGAUAAUGCCACACUGUGGAACAUCUAAUACUGAAAUUAAUUUAAACUCAAACGAAUUAAUCAAUUACCAGAAAAAUAGGAGCAAUGAGGAUCUACAAAACAAGCACGAUAAAAAAUAUUCAAUCAAUUUGAAAACGGGACAGGUCACUGAUGGUGGGUGCAAUGACCAAUAUACGCAAUUAACUGACAACAAAAUAGAACAAUAUAACUGCAAUGAUUUUGAUAAAGUUUGUAUUGUACCAUCAAGUAGAUCAGACGGAAUGGAGGCAUCGUUAUCCGAACUCCUUUUAAGUCCGAAUAAAUCAAUUUCCCAGCCUUGGCAAGCAGCAGAAGAAAUAGAAAGUUGGCAAGAUGACAGUUUUCGCCAUCGAAAUGAAAUGUUUUCUUGUAUAUAUACGAAUAGUAUGCUAAAUCAGCAGCAAUGCUCGCAGCAGCAGCUUUUGGCCACCCAACUUUUAUAUGCUCGGCUUCUUCGGUCUCAGUUAGCUGAACGGGAAUCCCAUUCGAAUAAAUUCAACAUGGUUCAUUAUUCAGGAUCUAAAAAGACCAUGCUUCGACAAGAUGAGCUUCUGUCAACCCCAUCUUCGCAGGAUAAUAAUAACAAUAUUAAGUUAAUUCAUGAUAUCGAAAACAGCUUAAGUUGUGUAGAUCCCCCUUUGUUUGAAUUUUCUAACAUUCAUCAAAGUCAAAGAGCAGAACAAAAAAAUAAACAAGAUGACAAAAACUGUUACUCACCAAAAUUAAAAUCGAACAAGGAAGCCCUAGAUGGGUACGACUUACAACACACAUGUGAUUUUAUCAGGGAGCAAAAAAACAUUCUUAUCGACGUUAAAAAAAAACUAGAAAAUCUCUCAGAUAGCUCAGGUAAAUUUAGGAAAAGUUUAAGUGUGCGUCAAAGUCACAUUGAAGUAAAUAAUGGCUCUAAUUCAGCCCUUGAGGAAAGUGUAAGACGACAACUAAAUGGAAAUCGCAAGUCUAUUGAAAACUUACUGGAAGAGGUAAAAAGAUUAUAUAAUCAAUGGAGCAGCGCUGAGCUCUAUUAUGUUCGCAGCUUACAACGCUUAGGACUCCCAUCAGAGGAAGAUGGUGAAUAUACAUCUACACCAACACAUACUAUUAUGGCAUUGGCUGCUAUAGCUCUGUCUAAUGAAAGUGAUAUUUUGCCACAGAAAACAACUGCAGUGCACUCUAAGAUUCCAGAUAUUGAAAGUGAGUCCGAUUUGUUUUUGACCUCAGCAAAACCUAAAACGUUGGUCGAAAUAGAGGAUAUAAUAUUACAACUCGCAUCAGCUGUUAAUAUGCAUCAAUCCAGCGCUGCUAGCACCACUCAUGAAUCCUACAGUGAUAGUGUUAAAAGCGAUUGCGAAGAAUCAAACUCAGCACCCACUUGCAUAUGGCAUUCGACAAGGCAAACCUUUCGCCGCAAAAAAGACGUUGAGCCUUGUAGCACUGCAGCUGAGAUUAUUUUAGAAUAUGCUUCAUUGUCUUCAUCUUCUCCCGCUGAAACCUCCCGCUUGCUUACAUCUGCAUCAAAUUUUACAGAUGUUACAGAAAAUUAUAAUGUCACAACGCAAUUGCCUAUUGUGUUUAAUUACAAUCGAGAAAGUUCAGCUGUGUCAAUCAUUACCGAUCCCCUAAUUCUUCCUGAGUUUUCUACUGCACCUUCAACCCCAUCGACUAGUAGUAAUAGUGGAUGCUCUACUGGAAUGGUUACUGGAAUUUUCGGGCUAAGUCAAAACCGAAGAAAACAAAGACUUGCAAGGCACAUUGAAACUCUGCCUACGAAUUCUUUUAAAUCGAAUGCAAUAAGGGGAAAUGGUGACAACGAAAUCGCUAGUCAGCUAAAAACGUCGCCAUCAAUUACAGCAUCGCCGACUGAAAAUGUUUCCCAUUUAAUUACUAAGACAUUGUCUUCGCCUAAUGCAUCUUUAACAGCGCAGGAACUUUCCAUAACUAAUCUGUUUAAAGAACGCCUAUGCGCUUUACAGGGGAAUGCCGGAUCAAUGAAGACUGAAAUUUUUCCAAUAAUAGAUGCCCCAUACGACUUAAGUAUUGGAAGCAAGACAAAACACAUGAACCUGGAAGCAAAACACCCAUCAAAUGCGCAAUCAAAUGAAUCCAAGGAGGCAACAAAUGAUAAAAAAAAACCCCAUAUCAAGAAACCACUAAAUGCCUUCAUGCUCUAUAUGAAGGAAAUGCGUGCUAAGGUUGUUGCCGAAUGCACACUAAAGGAAUCGGCUGCGAUUAAUCAGAUUUUAGGAAGACGGUGGCACGAACUUUCCCGCGAAGAACAAAGCAAAUAUUACGAAAAAGCUCGACAAGAGCGCCAAUUGCAUAUGGAAUUGUAUCCGGGGUGGAGCGCACGAGAUAACUAUGGUUACGUGUCAAAAAAGAAAAAGCGAAAAAAAGACAGAUCGACAACGGAUUCGGGAGGUAAUAAUAUGAAAAAAUGCCGCGCCCGUUUUGGACUAGAUCAACAGAGUCAGUGGUGCAAACCGUGCAGGCGCAAAAAGAAAUGUAUUCGUUAUAUGGAAGCCCUGAACGGCAAUGGGCCUGCCGAGGAUGGCAGUUGUUUUGAUGAACACGGAAGUCAGCUAAGUGAUGACGACGAAGAUGACUACGAUGAUGAUAAACUUGGCGGAAGUUGUGGAAGCGCCGACGAAACCAAUAAAAUAGAAGAUGAGGACUCGGAAUCCCUUAAUCAAUCUAUGCCAAGCCCAGGCUGUCUUAGUGGAUUGUCCAGUUUACAAAGCCCAUCGACAACAAUGAGCUUGGCAAGCCCACUUAACAUGAAUGCAAAUUCAGCAACCAAUGUUAUAUUUCCUGCUUCUUCUAAUGCGGUUUUAAUUGUCGGCGCAGACCAGUCGACAGUACAGCAACGGCCAACAUUGGUGUCAACCUCGGGAUCGAGCAGCGGUUCAACCAGUAGCAUAAGUACAACCCCAAAUACGUCAAGUACAGUUUCGCCAGUUACAUGUAUGACCGGUCCGUGUCCAGGUUCAUCUCAGGAACGAGCCAUGAUGCUUGGAAAUCGGUUCAGUCACUUGGGAAUGGGGCUAAGUCCUCCAGUAGUUAGCACGAGCACUAGUAAAUCUGAACCAUUUUUUAAGCCUCAUCCCACAGUUUCCAAUAAUCCUGUCUUUUCAUUGCCGUCAAUUGGUAAUUGUAGUUUAAAUAUUUCUUCAAUGCCAAACACAUCCCGAAAUCCUAUUGGUGCUAACCCACGAGAUAUUAAUAAUCCCCUUAGCAUCAAUCAGCUGACUAAAAGACGUGAUUAUAAAAAUGUUGACUUGAUUGAAGCUAGUGAGUCAAAGACUAUAGUUGCCCAUGCCGCUUCAUCCAUUAUUCAACACGUAGCAGUGAACGGCUAUCAUGCUAAUCACUCGCUUUUAAAUAGCAACUUAAGCCAACUUCAUCACCAAUUAAAUAGUCGUACGGAAAAAGCUAAUAGAAGUGAGCAGGCGAUGCUGUCCGUAAGUAAUCAUUCUGUAAAUAGCAAUGAAUGCCAUAAAGAAUCUGAUUCGCAAGCUAUUGUAUCUAGCAAUCCUCCAAACGCUGGGUCUUCCGAUAACGGCGUUAUUAGCGUUUCAUAACUGAUCGCCAGGGAUUUGUAGAAUUGAUUAAUUAAAAUUUUAAUGUUUAUGUGUGAGAAAGUAAUUAAAAUAAAAUCAUACGUGCAAUAAUUAUUAUUCUCGCCAGUCCAAAGCCAUCUUAUGAAACAACAGGCCAUCAAAACUAGUGCCACGACUCACAUCGCAAUAUUUCGAUUUUGUUUUUUUAAUAAAAAUAAACAUAGAAUUGGUGCACAAAAAUCAUUCGGAACGACUCCAACUGAGGCCAACCUUAAGGAUUUCUAUAAAGAAACACGAGUCAAAUCUCAGGCUAGGCCGUGCCAAAUAGAAUAAACAGACAAUACACACUAAUACUUAGUUACAUAAACAUAUAUUUCAUUAGACUCUAUAUAUCAAUGAAACCAUUUUGUAUAGUUUUCUUCUUAUUUAGCUUUAACCUACCAAAUUAUGUAUUUUAUUUUAAAAUUGGACACUUGCCAAAAUCCAUUAAUUAAUGCCUCGCCGGCACAUAUGUAUUUGGUCAUAUUUGUUGUGAGUAUAAUUAGUUAAAUGGUUUCUGCACUAAAGCUAGGAGAACAAAAAACAUGGACUACGACGAUUGUCGAAUCACUUAGGCUCUUGUAUCCUAAACUUGUUCGUGUGUGGUUGGUUGAGUGUUUCAUCAAAGAACUUUUCAACGUCAUAAUCAUAACGUCACACCAUCCCGCCUGAAGAAAGUCUAGAUUCAAGACUUAAAUAAAAUUUUUUAAAUAUAUUUUAAUAUUUCAAUAUCCUGAAACAUUUAUAUUAUGUAUAGAAUGCUAGGAAAAUGAGCGAUUAAUUAAGCUGAACAAAAAUUACAUUGUUAUUUCCGGGGAUAUAACGAUUACAGACAGGAUACUCUAUCUAAAGAGUGCGUGUGCGUUAUGACACAAGGCGGUAGGAUGUCCCCGGGCAUGUUCCCAUUCGCUUUAAAACGUUAAAUUUAACCUUGUUAAAAUGUAAUAUUUCAAGGUGUAUGAUUUAAGGAAACGGGUCAUCAUAUUGUAUGCCGAAGAAGUCGGUUCCAUUCUGGUCUUGUUUAUUUAAUUUAAAAGGGAUGCAUAAAUUUUACAUCUAACACUAAUACUAGCAGUCUGGCUAAACCAAUAUACCUUAAAAUAUUUCCGAAUAGCCCUGAACAUUUAACGUAAUUACAUAAUCUUUUCAUGGUUAUAGAAUAUAACUAUGCCAAACGAAAUAUGGAAAAUAUUAUAAGUUCGAUUCUAUUUUCUUUAGUUAGGUUUCAUAAGCAUACUUUCAUUAUUACAUACAUACAAGAAAAAUCACUUAUAAUUUAUUUUGAAUUCAUCAUUGAAUAAUUACCGAAAUGUUAUAAAUAUAUAUUUUAUUAUUUUGAAUUAAAUGUAAAAUAAUAUAUGUGUACAAUAUAUAUUACAAGCUAAAUGUAAAUAUGUAUUUUCUUACAUAGAACGUACUGAUAAUCUUUACGAAUUUAUUGACCAUAAGACCUGAUAGCCUUUAUUCCAUUUAAACCGUAAAAUCCACAUCUAUAAACUAAGAGAUAAUAUUCUAGUAUUAAGAAGUAGUUCAUAUUUAAAGAGUAAGUUUGGUCUGAGCAUCCAUAUAAUUAAAUGCAGUUUUAUACUAGUCUCCAAUCAGUUAUUAAACACUUAAUUAUUUAAUGUACAAAUGUAUUUUAAACUUCAAUAUCGGGCUUGUCGUACACGGUUUAACAUUUCACUAUAAUAUUUGUUUUUAAUGUGUUUGUUCGAAAUGUUUUAGGUUUAAUUAUCUGAAAACUUUAAAUCACUUAUAUUAGUUUAUAUAUGUACACCGGUACUUAAUAUACAUAUCCUGAUUUUCCGGAACGACAAUCCUGUAGAUCCUAUAACACUAGAGCCCUAUGUAAUCCAUCGUAUUUAAAACAUAUUUCACAAGAACAUAUUAAGUAAAGUAUAAUGAGGCCAAACCUACAGGCUCUAAAUUAUUAUACCGCUACUCGUAGAGUAGACAUGCAGAUUAUAGUGGCAACUGAGCUAACACCCAUAAACCGACGAAAGCUGAUCCUCCCACACUUAACUAUUUUUUUAUUUUAUUAUUUGUCUUGCUUGAAAUUGAAAUUAAAUCGUAAUGCCAAUAAAAUUUUAAAAUAUCAUCCUGUCACUAUGGGCUGAUUGACGUGUAUCUAGUAUUGGAGGAAAUCAACUUUACUAUAGUAACUAUAAUAUUGUAAAAUGGUAAACAAACUUUAAAACGUAUCUCUUAUUUUGUACUUUAAAUUAGGAGUAUUAUAACUUUAAAAUGUU